AUGAAUUUAUGGGUUUUUCUCUCACUUUAUUUGGUGUCGUGUAUAGACUUGGUAGGAUCCGAACCAGUCGCUGCCACCACAACCACGCGGAAUGAAACGGAUCGACUCGCACUGCUUGCCUUCAAGAAUGGAAUAUAUGGAGAUCCUCUCCGAGUCUUCAACUCGUGGAACAGUUCACUCCAUUUCUGCGAGUGGAGUGGGGUCACCUGCAGCCGUAGGCGUCAUCAGAGGGUCACAGCUUUGAAUCUUAAAGGCCGUGGCUUGGUGGGCCACAUAUCCUCUUACACAGCGAAUCUCAGCUUCCUUAGAGAAAUCGAUCUCUCAAACAAUACAUUAAAUGGCAAAAUUCCACUGGAAGUAGGUCGUUUGUUCCGGUUGCGGUAUCUGAAUCUCAGCUAUAAUUCUUUUGGUGGAGAAAUUCCGACUAGUCUAAUAAACUGCAAGGAACUCAGAGUUAUCGAUUUAAACGGUAACUACAAGAUCAAAGGAAAAAUUCCAGUUGAGCUCGGCUAUCUGUCAAAGCUUACUUAUUUGGAUCUCAGCGUUAACAAUUUGACGGAGGGAAUCCCACCAUUCAUUGGCAACCUUUCAUCUCUCACCAAUCUUAUUUUGCGCCGAAACCGUCUCGUAGGAAACAUCCCAGACGAACUCGGGCGACUGUGGAAUUUAAAAGAACUCCAAAUCAGUUCGAAUCAAUUGUCAGGUGAGAUUCCUCCCUCACUUUACAACCUCUCUUCCCUCACUAUUCUCUCUGUCGCAGAAAAUCGAUUGCACGGAAUCCUCCCGUGGAACUUAGGACUCACCCUUCCCAACCUCCAAGAUCUUUUCAUGGGAGCACACGAAUUUACAGGGCCUAUACCAGUUUCACUACCAAAUGCGACAAAUCUUCAGCAACUUGAUCUCGCUAAUAACAGUUUUAGUGGACUGGUGCCUAUAAAUUUAGGAAGGCUUACGGGUCUGAUCCGCAUAAAUGGUGAGGCUAACCAACUAGGAAGCCGGGGUGGAAACGAUGACUUGGGCUUCCUCACUUCUCUCACAAAUUGCACCAGUCUCAAAGGAAUAAGCUUUGCACUCAAUCAACUCAGUGGUAUGUUGCCUAGCUCCAUUGCUAAUUUCUCGAAUCACCUCACCAUUUUAAGGUUAGGGAAUAAUCAAAUAUAUGGAAGCAUCCCAAUAGGAAUCGAGAAUUUAAUCAACUUGAUUGUCUUGAUGAUGGCCAAUAAUCAUUUAGUCGGUCCAAUUCCCUCUGGCAUUGGGAAAUUGCAAAAUCUGUACCAGUUGUCAUUGUCUUCGAACAAACUCUCAGGGGAAAUACCAGAUUCUUUAGGAAACAUCACUUAUCUGGGCCAACUUCAUUUAUAUGAAAAUAAUUUACAUGGAAGCAUACCUUUAAGCCUAGUAGAAUUGAAACACAUGGAAGUCCUAUACCUUCAUAAAAAUAAUCUUUCUGGUGGUAUACCCAAACAGCUUCUUCUUAGUCUUUCUUCCCGAUUGUCCUACCUUCGCUUGUCACGUAAUUCUUUCACUGGGUCUCUACCAACAGAAAUAGGCAGCAUGGAAAAUGUCUUGGGGUUGGAUAUUUCGGAGAACAAAUUGUCAGGUGAAAUUCCUACCUCGCUUGGCAAUUGCCAGAACCUGAGCAAUUCCUUCCUCGUUAAGUUACGAGGGAUCGAAGAUAUGGAUUUGUCGCGCAACAACUUAUCUGGUCAUGUUCCAGAAUAUUUAGGAAAAUUUGCAUUCUUGCAGUCUUUAAAUCUUUCUUUCAACAAUCUAGAGGGUGAACUGCCAAAAGAAGGCAUCUUCAAAAACCUGAGUGUGGUUUCAGUCCUUGGAAAUAAAAACCUGUGUGGGGGCAUUCCAGCAUUGCACUUGCCUACAUGCGCCGACCAAAGUUCUAAGAAAGGGGGAAAGUCUAUUCGUCUGAAGGUCAUAAUCCCAGUGAUUACUUUGGGCCUUUUAUUAUUUCUGUUAUCAUGUUCAUAUGCUGGUAGUUGUUGGAUAAGAAAAUCAAGCAAGAAAUCUUCCUCCAUGUCUUCUCUCGAUGGCCCCUAUUUAAAGGUUUCUUACAAAGAGCUGUUGAAAGCAACAGAUGGGUUUUCUUUAGCCAAUUUGAUUGGUGUUGGAAAUUAUGGUUCCGUGUAUAAAGGAAUUCUGGAUCGUGAUGAGAGGAUUAUUGCAGUGAAGGUGCUCAACCUUCAACAACGGGGUGCGCUAAAGAGUUUUACUGCCGAAUGUAAUGCCUUGAGACAUAUUCGACAUCGGAAUCUCGUCAAGAUCUUAACUGCAUGUUCCAGCAUUGAUUUCCAAGGCAAUGAUUUCAAAGCUCUGGUUUUUGAGUACAUGCCUAAUGGGAGCUUGGAGAAAUGGUUGCAUCCAAGUGUUAAUGGGCAGCAUCAAUUGGGGAAUUUGAACCUUCCUGAACGACUAAACUUAGCCAUCGAUGUAGCUUCUGCAUUGGAAUAUCUUCAUCACAAUGGCCAUGCACCAAUCGUUCAUCACGAUCUAAAACCGAGCAAUGUUCUUCUCGACAAUGACAUGACUGCCCAUGUAACUGAUUUUGGGUUGACGAAAAUCCUUCCUGGAAUCAACAACAACUCUUAUCAAAGCCAAAGCAGUUCAGUUGCAAUAAAAGGAUCUGUUGGGUAUGUUGCCCCAGAGUAUGGGCUAGGUGGCAAUGCAUCUACGCAGGGCGAUGUGUACAGUUAUGGCAUCCUUUUAUUGGAGAUGUUUACAGGGAGGCAACCCACCGAUGACAUGUUUAAAGACGGUCUAAGCCUUCAUCAAUUUGCAAAGAUGGCUCUGCCAGAGCGAGUGAUGGAGAUUGCCGAUCCACAAAUUCUCUCAGAUGAUGAUGCUUUCAACAACGUCGAAAAUAACAGAGCCAUGAGAGGAAGAAUUCAAGAAUGCAUGGUUUCGGUUAUUCGAAUUGGAGUGGCGUGUUCUACAGAAUCACCGAGAGAACGGAUAGAGAUGAGAGAGGUUGUUGGAGAAAUGCAAGUGAUCCGUGAAAUAUUUCUUGGUGUUGGAAUACAUGGAGAGACGAAAUAGGGCCCUAUUAUUAGGUGAAGGUUCAUCUCACCUCAAUAAUUGUUGAGCUACUAUUACUAGUUAUGGUCAGAAAAUGGAGCUGUGUUUCCAUCAUUUGAUGUGCUUCACCAGUGUGGUUGUCGCGGGUUAUUUUUGAAGAAAAUAUGAGAGAGAGAGAGAGAGAGAGAGAGAGAGAGAGAGAGAGAGAGAGAGAGAGAGAGAGAGAGAGAGAGACCAUUAUCAGUGUUCAAUCCUAUUAAUUAGACUUUGUCAUUAUUGUUGUUAUUGUUGUUGUUGUUGUUUUACCUCUAGUGGCAAGUAUUCUUAAGUUCCAAUGUAGCUACUUAUGAGUUUGCCGUGUUUAUAUUUCAUGACUACGUUAUAUGA